CUUGAACGCUAACACAACGAAUGCUCAGAACAAUACAGUUACUAUGUCUCAGAAAAAUAUCUCGCUACCCCUCGCCCUCACACCGUUCUCUUCGCACAUUUACCUGUCCCUUGCAUCCAUCAUCGGGCACACCUAAGCCCCAUAGCGCAGAGAGUUACUUCAAAGAUGCAGAUGAAACAGCUCCACAAGACCCUACAAUCCACUGCGUCGACGCUGCGUCAGAGGCAGUGCAGCGUCCUUACCAGCCACCUUCAGGACAGUGGAGUCAGGCGGGGGUCAGGACCAGCGAGUAUGAAUAUGUUAGCAAAGACGAGCCGCAUGACGUGCCCAAUGAGCAAGCAAAUGAGAACAAACUGAGAUACGAUGGCACCGAGAAACUAUAUCCUGAGACUAGUCAUUCUGGGGAGGUCCAGAGGGUCAAUCAAGGGGAGGACGCAAACCAGGACGAAAGUCCCUGAACGUAAAUUCGUCUCGAAGGAUAUACCGCAGUUUCGAUGAAUCAUGAUAGACGUGUGCGUGUAAUGUUAGUAGUGGGAUGUAUUUAUUACGAAGCGUUUGACGUAGUAGUUGUAUGAAUAUCUGUAGUCGAGUGUCUUCCUCGGCGUUUAUGCCAUUCACAGUUACCUUUACCAAUCAAGCUAAAUUCAGCUGGUCAACUUGUACAGAGGUUACCUUAGGCGGUACAUUCAAGGCCCC